GCCCAAAGGGGCUCGCUCGUCUGUAACGAGUUAUUUUAAGGCCCUUUCUGCUGCACCGUGGUGCCGUGCCGUGCGACGGCUGCCCGCUGCGAAGAAGCACCCAUGGCCCGCAUCUGUGGCAUCGCGACUGGGUCUGCCACUGUCUGGAUGGGAGCUGUGUGUCUCGUCGAGCGUCGAGCCCUCCCCCGGCCGAGAAAAGCAUCGACACCUCUCACACUCUGUUCGCGGCAAAAGUCAGACGGCAAGCGUCAGAUUGGCACAGCACUUAGGGUGUCGGUCUGCAGCCUCGAGGCUGCCCCAAGAAUGGCCCUCUGCUAUCGUCCAUCAGCGGAACGUCAAAUACAGACUGGAGAUUCCACGCUGCCAGGAACGCGACACCAGAUCGGCUUGACAGGCCGCCCUAUCCGGUGCAGCCAGGCACAGCUCUUGUGCGCGCUGUGCGCCACGGUACAGUGUGGCCUUGUGCUGCGAGGUCUGCGCCAAGCCAUGCCUCGUCCCCGUAACAUACGACGGCCCACUGUGGUAGGCCGCUCAAUCUCGGCGUCCACCCUCUUCGGGACCGCCUAUCCUUGGGGGCUGCCGCCAGCUAGCUCGCGAAUGUGCUUUGCUUGCGUUUUGGGUGCGCAUCGUGCGGUGUUGAUGCCGAACUGGCGAAGCCAUACUGUUCCUAUCUUGCGAGGUCAAUCCCCGGCACCGUUGGCUGCACGCGCGCUGAACAGAUGCCUGUCAAGUUAUGUAGAAGCCACUAUAG